GGGUUUUUGUUGGAAUCAUUUCGGAGAAUUGUUGAAUGCACUCGGCAUUCGAUUAACUGCGAUCUAGGCGCGACUAGUACUGGCUGCCCAUCUGAAUGUAUUAUGUGGUGUCUACAAGCUGUAACCUUAAUGUUUUUAGUGAAAAAAAUACAUACCGUAACUAAGGUUUAUAACUAAGUAAUAAACCUUAACGCUAGUUAGCUAUUAUUAGCAGUAGUAUCCGUAUCCGGCAUGUUUUGCCGACGCUCCUAGGUAGCUAGCUAGCUACGUCUACGAAAAACUGCAAGAAAAAAUACAGAAAAAAAGGUUCUGCAUGGCCUAUGUGUAGCCUUGUGGUCAGCGUCCCUGGCUUGUGGAAGGCUGUCACCCAGAGAUGAAGGGUACCCACCAGAAGAACUCUGUGCGGAUCCUGUCUGGCCGGGAGCGAGGUGCUCAGAACUGUGGCUCUCAGCGUCUCCUCCAGCAGCUUGUGGAGGAGAAAGCCCGCUGGAUGAAAUGGCAAAGCCAGAAGGUAGAGCUGCCAGACAAUCCACGGUCGACAUUCUUGCUGGCUUUCAGCCCAGAUAGGACACUAAUGGCAUCUACUCAUGUCAACCAUAACAUCUACAUCACGGAGGUGAAGACGGGCAAGUGCAUUCACUCUUUGGUGGGCCAUCGGCGCACCCCUUGGUGUGUGACAUUUCACCCCACCAUCUUGGGUUUGGUGGCUUCUGGUUGCCUCGAUGGGGAGGUCCGCAUUUGGGACCUGCACGGUGGUAGUGAGAGCUGGUUCACAGAGAGCAAUGUGGCCAUAGCCUCCCUGGCCUUCCACCCAACCGCCCAGCUCCUCCUCAUUGCCACCAACAAUGAGGUUCAUUUCUGGGACUGGAGCCGACGUGAGCCUUUUGCUGUUGUCAAGACCGCCAGCGAAACUGAGAGAGUUCGGUUAGUGAGGUUUGAUCCUUUGGGGCACAAUCUUCUGACUGCCAUUGUGAAUCCUUCAAACCAGCAGAAUGACGAUGACGCGGAGGUGCCCAUGGACAGCGUGGAGAUGCCGCACUUCCGGCCACGCUCCUUCCUGCAGUCUCAGCCUGUUCGGCGCACUCCCAUCCUCCACAACUUCCUGCACAUCCUCUCUUCCCGUAGCUCAGGGGUGCAGGCCGGGGAGCAGAUUCCUGGCCCUUUGCCCAGCGCUGAAGCCCCCGGUCUGCCGUCGGGUCGUUAUGCGCUGCGGGAACGUCCAGCCUAUCACACAUGUGUGCAGCACCUGGGCAUGGUGUGCUUCUGUAGUCGCUGUUCGGUGGCUCGCAGUGCCAGCCCCGCCGAUGAAUCGCACUCGUCCAGCCUCCCGGACCUCCUGCCUCAUGCCUCCACCUUCUCCUCUGCCCGAACAGAGCCACGGCCUCCUUCGGAGCCGCGCUCUGCAGGCCGGGCCUCUGCCUUCAGCAGCGUCUAUGGCAACGCUGCCGGGAACUCGCUGCGCAACCUGUCAUCGGGGGCAAACCGCCGAGGCUCCCUGGGGCUCGUGGCAAAUCCAGCCCUUGGCCAGGUGGGGUGUGAAUCCACUGAGCCCCUGGCAGGCAGUGACUGGACAAGCAGCAUGCUGAAUGUCCGCACAGAGGCAGGGCCUGGCAGCAUGAUGUCCGACGGUGGUGCUGGUGGCAGCGGAAUGCCUCCUCCCAGGACUAGUGCCUCCUCUGUCAGCCUUCUCUCUGUGCUGAGGCAGCAGGAGGGCACUUCUCCAUCCCCCGUUUACACGUCCAACACGGAAGGGCGGGGUUGUCCCCAGCCAGGGACAGGGCCUGGCACUUCUGGUGGAAAUACAAGGGGUUCGGCCAGCACCAGCUGUGGGCACCAGCCCCUAUCUGAGGGUGGCAGGAAGAGUUCCAUCCGCAACGUCCUGCAGUGCAACCUGAGCCGAUACUUCAUGGAGUACGACCGCAUGCAAUCUAUGGAACAGAACCUGGGUGCCGCACCUCCUGGUGAAGGCGCCACCCAGCAACAGGCAGAGGAGCUUCUGAACAAUAACAUGGACCCUGAACGGCCUGGCCCCUCUCACUACCAACCUCCGCACCCUGCGGAGAGCAGCCCUGGCCUUUCUCGCAGCCAUCCCAACCGCUGCCGCGCCUGCCACAACCUGCUUACCUUCAACCAUGACACACAUCGUUGGGAGCGUGCUGGCCAGGCUUCCACCCCUGGCCCUGGACCCGAGGAGGGCAUCGCCUGGCAGCCGACAGGCUCUGCCUUUGAAGCCUUUGCCCAGGGUGGUGCACGUGAGGCCCCACCUCCUGAGAGGAGGGGACCGGCUGAAGCCCACAUGAGUACCCAUGUUGCUGGGCCUGUAGCUGCCCAAUCCUUUUCUCCAGGAUCAGGGUCAUCCAGACAGCAGGGGGAACAGACUGUAGGGCUGGUGUACAGCCAAGAGACAGGCCAGUGGGAGCGAGUUUACCGGCAGUCUGCCGCUGGCCGCACUGGGAAUGUAGCACAAGACGCCUUAAACCCAGACAUGCCUGAGGAGAGCUCCGAAGAAGAUUCCUUGCGCAGGAGGCUGCUCGAGUCAUCUUUCAUCUCUUUCUCACAAAACGACAUAUCAGGAUCCAGAGACCAUCCUAUCUAUCCAGAUCCUGCCAGGUUAUCCCCAGCUGCCUACUACGCCCAGCGCAUGAUUCAGUACCUGUCACGACGGGACAGCAUUCGUCAGCGCUCCCUGCGCUACCAGCAGAACCGCCUGCGUCCCCUACCCUCUUCCUCCUCCUCCUCGGAUGGUCCUGCUAGCAACCCUUCUCCACCUAUGGAAAACACUGAGGUGGACUUUGAGGAGUUUGAGGAAAAUGGUGACCGGGCCAGACACCGGACGCCACGCAAUGCUCGAAUGUCCGCCCCCUCCCUGGGCCGCUUUGUCCCUCGGCGGUUUUUGCUGCCGGAGUACCUGCCCUAUGCUGGGAUCUUCCAUGAGCGUGGCCAGUCGGGGCUGGCCACUCACACGUCUGUCAACCGAGUCCUGGCAGGUUGGUGGCCUUUCCACGGUGCUGUGAUAGGAGAUGGCCAGUCUGCCGUUGCCAGCAACAUCGCCAACACCACCUACCGCCUACAGUGGUGGGACUUCACUCACUUCGAUCUGCCGGAGAUUAGCAAUGCCUCCGUCAACGUCCUGGUACCCAGCUGCAAGAUCUACAAUGAUGCCAGCUGCGACAUUUCCGCUGACGGGCAGCUCCUGGCCGUCUUCAUUCCCAGCAGCCAGCGGGGCUUCCCAGAUGAGGGCAUGCUGGCCGUCUACUCAUUGGCUCCACACAACCUGGGAGAGAUGCUCUACACCAAGAGAUUUGGUCCCAACGCCAUUUCCGUCAGCCUUUCCCCUAUGGGCCGAUACGUGAUGGUGGGCUUGGCGUCUCGUCGCAUUCUACUGCACCCCACCCCCGACCACAUGGUCGCCCAGGUGUUCCGCCUUCAACAACCUCACGGUGGUGACGCAUCAAUGCGGAGAGUCUUCAAUGUGGUUUAUCCAAUGGCCCCAGACCAGCGCAGACAUGUCAGUAUUAAUUCAGCCAGAUGGCUUCCAGAGCCUGGCCUUGGCUUGGCCUAUGGGACCAACAAAGGCGACUUGGUCAUCUGUAGGCCUGUGGACUCCAGGUAUGAUGGGGAUGGCUCCUCGGAGCUCCCGGCCGAACCCAUGUUCACGAUCAACAACGGCGGCAGUGUGGUUGGCAACCGGGGGACAGAGCGCCCAGGGACAAGCAGGGCAAACUGGAGGUCAGACAGGGACAUGGGCCUGAUGAACGCCAUUGGUCUACAGCCUCGCCACCCCGCCCCCUCUGUGACAUCACAGGGCACACAGACACCCACUGUGCAGCUGCAGAAUGCCGAGACACAAACAGACCACGAUCUCCAGGAGACCAGUGCCAGCCAGGCCUCUGAAGCGCCAGGACGACCUGGCGGCCCAUUUGUCAGUACCAGCAGAGGAAGGAGCUCCGAGGUGGUGCCCCCCCCCACAAUGCAGCCAGACGGAGGUACUGCAGACGCCUCUGUGGACGCUGCUGUAGAGGCCAGCACGGGCACAAGUGGCUCAGGUGAGGGCACCGAGUACAGUGCCAGCGAGUACGGCACAGGCGAAGAUGCCCUGUCCAGGAUCCGCCGGCUCAUCGCAGAGGGUGGCAUGACAGCUGUGGUCCAGAGAGAGCAGAGCACCACCAUGGCAUCCAUGGGGGGCUUUGGCAACAACAUCAUCGUCAGCCAUCGCAUCCACCGUGGCUCGCAGACCGGCACUGAGCCCACUGGUGGAGGCCGUCUCGAGGACGGAGCCUCUGCCAUGCCACCAGGUCAGGGGCCCUUACGUGUGCUCUCCCAGGCCUUGCGCUUGACUCACGGGCCCCCUAGCCGUGAUAGCCGCUCUCCAGAGCGCUUUCCCCAGCUCACCCCCACCUUUGGCCCUGAAGCUUCAAGGGGCGAGGUGCGGGGGUCCCUUGGUACUGACAAUGUCUUUGAGAGCAGUCCAGAGCUUCGCCCGUCUCCCUCUGCCUUCUCCACCGACGGCUCCUCCCCCAGCAACGACCGCAGCAUUGGCAGUUACCCCGACGUGCCACAUGGCAGGUAGAAUGACAUGCAGUACUAAUAGUGCCCAAGAAAUCAGAAAGGCACACCAGUUCAUAGGGUACAGGCUGCCCCUCGCCUCCACCGGGGUUGUGGAGGGACUUGCACUAAAGACUGGCUGGCAGUGUUACGCAGGAAUAUUCUGGCAGGUGAUGUCCGCUCCUCCAUCAGCCUUAUUUGUUUACGUAGAGGUGCUGAAUUUCCUUUUCUUGCCCCCCCCCCCCCCCCCCCCAAAAAAAAGUUUAAAAAAUGGACAGAAGUCCACUACCACUCCUCCAUCUGUUCUUUUUCGAGCACUAGGGUAUUUAUUCAGGUUUACUUACAUUGCACUUAAUCGUAGAGUUUGACUGUCACCCAACUGAGAACAAGAACCUUGUACUACAGUCAUUCCAACUUAGCUUGUACUUGAAUUGUCCUGUUAUUGCGGUACCAGUACUGGGUUUGUCUGUUCAUUCAUGUGGGCUUGAAGAAUCCCCAUCCAAAGUGCCAUGAGUAUGUCACCACCAUAUUCAAGUGUUAUGCAGUCAGUGCCAUGUUGAUGCAUACUUUUGUGUUUUACUUUUCUUGUUUUUGACAAAUCUAAUAAUGCCAGCCUAUCAGCUGUGAUGUGACAUGUUCCUUGGAGUGUAGGAGGAAAAAAGAAAAUCCCCUCAUUGUAUAGUUUAAAUCUACUGGCAGGAUCUGGCUUUUUUUUUGCUGCCCACUGUUAUCCCAUUUGAUAGGAGGAGCAUUGGGCAUUUGAGUGAGCCAUUACUGAAGAGUCUGCUUCAAUCCCCAUUUAUUGCUGUGAAUUUUGAGGGUGUAAACUAACAGGCCCAUGUUGACAGUGACAACUAAUUUGUGUUGGUCAUUCAUUUCAGUCUCUUUCUCUGAUAUUGUAUUGCACAUUUUACAGAUGAUCACUGUCUGUGCAAUAACAAAAUCUAUUCAUUAUUCAAAGGAAAAAACAAUCUGUCAGGACGUGGAUUAAAUCACCGUCAUUCCUGUCCUUUGCACUAGUACUUUUUAUGGACCACUGGUCCUUUAGUGAAGGUUGGUAUCAGGAAUCAGCCUGCUCUGCUCUGUACUCUUUUUUUUCCACUCAUCCGUGUUCGGCAGAGGUCUAGUUGCAGAUGGUCAGUGUCUUGGCCGCUGGUCCUUAACCAAAAACGUUAUGACAUAGACUGGGCCCCAGAUACAAGGUUGUUACCACUAGAACUUAGCAAAGGACUCAGGGUUUUCAGAAGUGUUCCAUAGAUAGGGGGUCCUGUCCUUCAGCCAAGAAGCACUGAAGAAGCCACAGGUGAGGCAGUGUGUAUAUGCCUGUGUGAGUGUGUGUGUGGUCUGGAAACGUGUUUCUGAACAGCAGCUUAACGUAGCAUCUGAACCUUAGCCCUGGUCGGGGAUUUGUUAGGGCUGAAGGAUAGCUAUGGUCUACAUGAAAACUGUCUAUGACGAGAUAAAGAAUCCUUGUUGAACCAUACGUCAAGUAAAACUUGAACCGAUCAGCUUUCGCUGUAACAGACCACCGUUCAGCCAAACGAUAGAUGGAGGUGGUCGCGACGUGUAGUGGGACUCUUCCUCAGGCUGCCUCUCUCCAGAGGAAGCCUGGUAAGCUUUGGCUCCUAAUCUCAUGCAGAGUCCAGUUACCCCAACAACCCCGUCCUCCCACCUUCCCCAACUACCUGGUGUAGCCAGGCUCUGUUACCUCAUCCCUUCAACAAGGACCACAAACUUGAAAAUCCCUUUGGUCAUUUCCAGAACAAAAUGUGAUGCACUGAUUAGAGAUGUGAAACUUCUGACACCAGUGAGUAUGCUACAAUGGCAUGUAACACCAUAAUUUUAAUACUAUAAUUAUUUUUAAAGGACAUGUAUGUUCAGCUGUCCAUUGCAGAAGCACAUCAUUUUACAUGACAGAAAGUGACACAGAUCUGUUGCAGUGUCUGUUUCCGUUUGGUUGUUGUGCUGGUUGUUGUACCAUAAAAAAUAAUGUACUGCGAAUUGUGCAAUUUCUGCUUCUGGGCAUUGCAGAAGACUGAGUGAGCCACCACUGGUGGGUUGGGUGAGGACUCAAGCAGACAGCAUCCCGUAGGCUGUUUCGGGCACAUGAAAUGGUAGCCUUUCCUGAACAGAGAAGCUUAAAGGUUAGUCCGGGGGAACAGAAGGCUUCGUAACUCAACAUGGUGGCAUAUGGGCUGUGACCAAGGGGCAUCCCUUUGGUGUGACUGGUCAUGUGUACCAAGCACUCUCCCAGUUGUUGUUUAGAUGGUUGUCGCUGUAUUUGUUUUUCCUUUAAUGCUGUAAGCCCCUUCCCAUACAUUAUCUAAUUUUUCUAGUUGCCAGAACCCCCCCACCCCUAGCUAAAAGGGUACACUUUGUACAUAACCUACUUGUGCAUGUCAACACAAACACAAAGGAAAGCUGUCUUAUCAAGCGGGUGGUUUUUUAUAACUGCCAGAAUGAACUGUAACAUUUGUUCACUACAAAUACUGUAUCUUUCAUUAAAUUUUUCCCCCUUCAUUUGUUUGGAGAGAGGGUAUAAGACAAUGGGAGGAGAUGGAAGUGGGGAAAUGUGUUCUUGACCAGUGACCAAUACUCAACGUGAAACUCUUGUACUGUAGAACUUGAGUAGGAUAGUCGAGUACUAACUUGAAGAUGUUUAUUACCUGGAAAAAUAUUGUGUGUAUGUAAUGCCUAUAUCAGGACUGAAAUUCAGUAUCUGGGUAUCUCCAAUGCAUGACUUAAAAAUCACAUACAAAAAAAAAUCAGCAGACUUGGAAAUUAGCGUGUUUGUAAAAAAAAAAAAUACAAAAUUUAUUAGGAAUUCUUGGUAAACGUUCCGCUGGCAGGUUUAAAAUUCCAUGUGAAUCCUGAUUUGAAAUGCCCGUGGGACCAUCCGUAAAUCGAGGCGUGAUACCCCAGGCCUAUCUUUAACAGUGCCUGAAUUUUAAAAAGUUUCCUCCAAAGGGUCUUAGCCAGCAAUGGGCAUUUCUAUUCUUGGGGCUUAAAAACAGCAGUACAACCAGUCUCCCUGGGUGCAGUUGCAUUGUGCCUUGAGAAUGGCGUGCAGAUGACGGACAUGCUGAAAAACCCCAUUGAUACAGGCUCAAACUGAUAAUGUAUGAUAACUGGUAUGUCUUCAAAUUAAUUUUUGGGCUAUAUUUGAAGUUGAAUGUAUGUUCAUAUACCAUUGUCAGGAUACUAUUGUCUUUAAUUUCUGUUUAAAAAUUAGCAGUGAUUCAAAAUGUCUGUGCUUUUAUAUUUUUUAUUUGCUUUGUGUUUUUUCUUUUGUCUUCACUGAGCAUUAAAGCUCAGUAACUGACAAUCUCUGUCUGGGAAAAGUAUAUUUAACCCCCGUUGUGCUUCAGAGAACAGGCAUGGAAUGAAUGCAGUGACAGCCCCUUGUAUUUAUUUCUUGUUACCCCUUCCCUGUGUAAAUAAACAAAGGUUUUAAAAAGAGUAAUAAAUUCAUCUUUGCUGAAGUGUAACAGGAAUUUGCCAUCUGUUUACCAAGUUACAUUAAGAUGGCAGCAGGUCACUGUGAUUAUGUACAGCUUGCUUUGAUGAUGAUAUCCAAGCCACUUGUUGAUACUGCCCUGUUAGCAUAAUAUGAUUUGGUAAUCACUGCUAAUUUCCAAAACCUUGUCUAUAUGAUUUGAUUUUUUUUUUUUAUUAUUUUGAACAGCUGAAGUUAUGGCUUGAAAUUGAAUUCAUUGUUACUGUCGGAAUAGCAGGAAUGUGGGUCGUCAUUCUCUGAGGUUUCUUCCAGUGGUUCAAGAAACCAAAGAAGAAUGAUUCUCCUGACACUGCUUGUGAGUACUGAGGCCACUCACAGUGGGGAUCACAAAUUUGUGUUGGUACUCUAGUUCAUGGAAAUGAGUGGGAUUGAGGCCUUUAGUGUGUGUGUGUGUGGUGAGGGGGGCAUAUAUCGGAGUGAGUAUACAAUGUAGUUGAAAAGAGAACAAGAAUUUUUUACACACUCUCCUGUGAUCAUGUUUCGUUUGCUAGUCUUGUGUAAAGCUCUGUUCGGUCAAUGAGUUGCGUUUCUUAAUGGUCUACUAAUGUCAGUCCUACAUACUUGGAAGUUCACUCCCACCUGACAGCAUUUUUAACUAUUUUGGCCUUCCUAGCCUUAAAUGUCUUUUAAUUUAAACGUUUUUGUUUGGAGAACGUAAUCCUUGAAAAAGCAUACCUCUUUGAUUUUAUUAUGGAGAACAUGUUUACGAGUCACUAAUCAAACCAUACAAAUGGGAUACAGACCAGGUUGCUUCCAAUUUCCAAGUUCUGCCAACAUGAAAAGUUUCAAAACAAAACAAAAGCAAGGACAAGUUGCUUCUGCAUUUUAAUGUGUUAAACUGAGGUCCUAAAUCUCUCUAAACGAAAGAGACAUAGCAUUGUCUUAUGUCAUUUAUUUAAAUGUUUCUUUUCUUGUUCAUCUGUCAUUUUACAUGAUUUGCCUUGAAUUAACCUGCAGGUAAUUAGACUGUGGCUAUGCUUUGUUGCUAAAUUGGAUUUUUAAUUUCAUUGUGGUCUGAUGGUGAUUGGAGGAAGGCAAAUAAAUGGAGUCCCUGUCGUUUUGUCAGUCUGUUAUGUUGAGAAAAUUUCAGCUUUUUUUGGAUUAUUAACACACGUUGCUAAUUGUCUUGAAUCCAUCUCCCUUUGUUGGCAUUAAUUACCUAUGUAACCAAUCAACAAAUAGCGUUUUUUGCUGAUUGUCAGUAGAGUCAAUAUCUUAAGUAUUACACACACAUUUUCAUCCUUCUGCUAAUGUUUUCAGUUGUGUCCUUUUAGCAUGGUAUGUGCAAAUUAAAAAUUUUCAUUUUUUGUUCGUUUCAUAAUUAGAUUUGCACAACACUCAACUUGAACAUGUUUUUAGCUAGGCUUUUGCUAACCACUUUUUAUUAUGACGGAGCAUGUUACUAGGCUUUUGAAUCUUGCAGCCACACACAAUUGCUUGUCUAGAUUAUGUCUAGACAACACAAUUGCUUGUCUAGAUCAUGUGCAGCCACACACAAUUGCUUGUCUAGAUCAUGUCAGAUAUAAUCUGUUUUUUUGAAAUGAGUGGAAAUAAAGGCAGACAAGCUGUCAUUCAGCUGUUUCUCUACAUGCAUUUUUUUCUAUAAGGCAUUCUGUCCAUGACAGGUUUUAAAUAUCUUCUUGUGCAUGUAACCUGCUGACUGUAUUUGUAGUUUUUUUUUUUUUUCUUUUGAAGGAAAAUGUGACUUAAGGGUGUUUGUACUGUCUAUUUUAGAAGUAAAAUGGAGAUUAAUAAAGUGCUGUGGAAACACCAAAGAUCCUAUAUGAUAAUGGUUAUGAAUAAUGGAAAAAAAUUAAAGAAAUGGAAACCCUUAAA